AUGAAGAUUUGUUUUCUUGCGGUUUUGCUCUUCACAGGCGAGCAUCACAGGAAGGACCAUAUGUGCUCCCCAAUUCCCCUUCCUUGUGUAGUCAACAAGCCGCCUGGAAUCAUAAGCCAUCGAGUUGGGGUUCCGUCGAGUUCAACCAAGACAUUAGGCGUAACUAACAGCACAAGAACCACACAAAACCAUCGGUUGUUCAUCUGCAAGUCUGGAGCUCUGUUUCGGAUAGAAGUGGUAUUGUCAAGAAUCAAAGGUCCCGUGCCCCAGAAUGUCAGAUGCACCUAUCACCGAUACCAACUCGUCACUCCUACUGGGUGA